UAUACUCUGUGCUUAUAAAAAAAACACUGAUCUAUGACCUAACCUAAGCUCUUUCUUUAUCUGUCAACACUCUUAUUACAAGGUGCGAAGAUGACAAAUUCUAAGGGUUAUCGUCGUGGUACGAGGGACUUGUUCGCCCGCAGGUUCCGCACUCAUGGCACCAUUCCUCUGGCCACGUACAUGAAAGUGUACAAAAUUGGCGACAUCGUUGACAUUAGGGGUAAUGGUGCCGUCCAGAAGGGUAUGCCACACAAAGUGUACCAUGGCAAGACUGGCCGAGUAUACAAUGUAACAGCACAUGCCCUCGGAGUUAUCGUUAACAAGAGGGUGCGAGGUAGGAUCAUCCCUAAGCGUAUCAACAUCCGCAUUGAGCAUGUUAAGCACUCCAAGUGCAGACAGGACUUCCUGAAGCGAGUUAAGGAGAAUGAGAGGCUUCUGAAGGAAGCUAAAGCCGCCGGUAAGGUUAUCAAGCUGAAGAGACAACCUGCCCCUCCCAAAGCUGCUCACAUUGUCAGUGGAAUACACAAACCAGUCUUAUUGGCUCCCAUCCCAUACGAGUUUGUAGCUUAAAAAUUGAAAUAAAGUACUUUUAAGUAUA